AGACAAAAUGGUCCUCGGUGCAUUCUUAACAGAGAUUAUAGUGGCGUUCUUACUGGCCGGAACAUUGCUUUUCAAAUAUGGAAACGUGUUCCGGCAUCACAUUAUAGUCACAAUCUCUGUGUUGAUAGCUUGGUACUUUUCCCUACUAAUAAUUUUCAUAUUACCUUUGGAUGUUUCCUCGACCGUAUUCAGACAAUGUGUAGAGAAAAACAUACAUAACAACACUAAAAAUCCUGAUAACACAACUUCUGCACCAAUAGUUACGUGUAGAGAGCCUUGGCCCAAUGUGCCAGAUAAUGUAUUUCCAAAUCUGUGGAGAAUAGUUUAUUGGACUUCUCAAUGCUUGACAUGGCUGAUACUCCCGUUGAUGCAAUCUUACAUAAAAGCAGGGGACUUCACUGUACGAGGAAAAUUAAAGUCUGCUUUAAUAGAUAAUGCUAUAUAUUACGGCAGUUAUCUGUUUAUAUGCGGCAUACUUUUGAUAUACAUUGCGCUGAAGCCAGGUUUAGAUCUUGACGGCCAAAAAUUGAAAGCAAUCGCGUCCUCUGCAUCCAACACAUGGGGUUUAUUUCUACUGGUCUUGUUGCUUGGAUAUGCGCUUGUAGAGGUGCCUCGAGGAUUGUGGAAUGCCAGCAAGCCCGGGUAUACUUUAAGUUACAGCUACUUCAAGGUGGCAAAAUUAAGUUUGGACAAAUGCGAAGCAGAAGAAACGGUGGAUGAUAUACUCGAGUCGCUGCAAAUUGCAACAAUAUCCAUUGGCCCCGGUCAUCCGUUCCACUGCAACCUGGAAACAAUUUUCCAAAAGAUACCUGCAGAAUUGAAAGACAGAAUGAACAGGAGACAACUGCCGGACGACACUCCAACAGACACUCCCACUGAGAAGUCCUUGAUUCGUCUGCAUAGACAGACUAUAAAAGCAUUGCAGACCCUGCAACGCAUAGAAACUCAAUGGUGUAUUUUAGUGGAUAAGAUAUUCGCUUUAGAGGACGUAGCUAAGAAUCAAGUCAGUCACGAUAGAAGAUUCAAACCAUCUUUCCCUACGCAUCGCUCGCUUCCGUUCCGCGUUAUUUACAAUCCCGUUGUUGAAUGGUACUGGAAAUGUGUUACGAAAAAUUACGUCCUAAAGGCAGCUGCCAUUUGCGCUGGCUGCCUGUCGGUGGCUGUGGUAUGGUCGGAAGUAACAUUCUUCAACAAAUCUCCCGUGCUAUCGUUAUUCGCUCAAUUUGUGAAUCUAGCGAAGAGGAACUAUGAUUAUUUUACGAUAGAGGUGCUGUCCACAUUGAUCAUCGCAUAUCUUUGCUACUGCGCUUACUCAACCGUCUUGAAGAUACGAGUGUUGAACCUUUAUUAUUUGGCGCCUCACCAUCAGACAAACGAGUACAGCCUGAUAUUCAGCGGUAUGAUGCUGUGUCGUUUAACGCCGCCUAUGUGUCUUAAUUUCCUGGGACUUAUUCACAUGGAUUCCCACAUCAUCAAAACCCAUAUCCUAGAAACACAUUAUACGCAGGUGAUGGGCCACAUGGAUGUUAUUUCCAUAAUAUCUGAUGGAUUUAACGUGUACUUUCCUAUGGCAAUUCUGGCGUUCUGCUUAGCAACAUACUUUAGUAUAGGCAGUCGAUUACUUUCCAUGCUGGGCUUUCAACAAUUCCUCGAUGACGACGAAUUUACAACGGAUCUCGUAGAUGAAGGCAGAGAACUUAUAAAAAGAGAGAGACGUAAACGGCAGAGAGCGGAGGAUUCUAUGUACAGACGACGUGAAAUGCAGGAGAGAUUCAACGUUUCAGCGGGCACAGGAUCGCGAUACAGGACUUCUCGACAAAGCACCGACACUGUACGACCGUUAAAGCGAGACGAGUCGGUCGAAUCGGCGAGAGCGGGUCUGUUGCACGAUUUCGAUCCGUCGGAAUAUCACAUCGGCAUGACAUUCGGAGGAGAGACUUACGGUGCGAAUAAUUAUUGCGACCGGGAUAAUCAAGGCGACAACGAUCUGUACGAUCCGAGCGGCACGAGGCCGUUCUCCACGAGCACGAGUCGCGUGGGUCCUCCGCCGAGAGGGUUAUUCGACGACAUUUAAAGUAUGACAUCCUCGCAGAUGUAGCUUAGGUGCUAGCCUAGAAUUACGUGAAUUGGCUUUAAUAGUAUUUACACGACAUUUAUAUUGAGGUUGUGCUGGUGCGAGCACCAAGUCCUGAAAAUUAUUCAUUCAGUGUAGUACAGUGAAUUUUAUUUAUAAACAGAAGGUAAAGAUAAAGGCUUUACACGCCUGACAUUUUAAUUUAAGGUAGAAGUACUAAAGAACAAAAUAAAAUUGUAUCAUGAGAUAUAAUUAUAACCGAUUACUUAUUGAAGCAUGAGCAGAUUAAAAAAAAGAUUUGGGCGGAUCGAUGUCACAAUGGCGAUGCUUCUUUUUUACAAGGAACGUGAUCACGGCGAAUCAAUAAUGGUGCAAUGAACUUUAGAUCUAAUAGUGAAUAUGUACAUAUUUAUUACGUUUUAUUAGAAUAAAUAUACUUUCAUCUCUCGAUUAUCCUUUUUAGUUUUGUAAUGAAUUCGGCUCAUGUGGAAGCUAAUAAAUAAUUUGUAUACAAUUUAUUUUAAUCAUGUGUACCUGAAACAAUUAUUUAUUAAUAUUUUGAUCUUUGUAAACAAUUUAGAUGUAUUUUUUAUCUUUUCAUUUGUAUGCACACAUCUAUCAAUCUCUCGUAACAUUUUAACUUUUAUAUUUUCAAUUUAAGUACAUCGUUAUACAUAAUCUUAUAGAUUUGUAUUUCUUUUAUUCACUUAAUUUUAUCUGUAUUACAAAUAAUUGUAUGUGUUUGGGACAAAAGGUUGGCAUGAAGAAAAAUUGGCUGGGUGAUGAUAGGAAAAAAUUUAAUAAGAACAAGUCAAUAUAUAUAUAUACAAUAAUAAUAACACGUUAAUCAAAUGUAAAUAUGCACGAAUAAUUUACAAACUUAAACAUCGGCAUUUAUUACGAGGGCAUUUCCAUAAAAUAUAACAAUGAUAAAAUAUAACUUCUAGUGUUGACUAAAAGUCUUGUCUUUUAAUUUAUUAUAGAUUAUUUUUCAUUAUAUCUCCCAUACAUUUACGAUAUAUCCAAACUUAUGUGAAUCUAUUUCGAAUUUUAGUCUAUAAGAUUUAUCUUUACUCAAAGAUUUAAAAAAUAUAUCUGCUUCGUUUUUUGAUACAUACCUUAAAAGCAUAUCAGUUUUUAUUCAAUUGUAUAAAUCUAUUAUAUAUUAAUGAACAUCUCAUAUAAAUAAAAUGGCAUUAAAAUAAAUUUCUGUAUUUUCUACUAUCGUUGAUGCAGUAGGAACUGUUAAACAUUUGAUAUAUUAACAGACAACAAGAAUAAACGAAUUAAAUUUCCAACUUUUUAUGUUAUAAAAUUACGAACUUUGAACGCACGUCUCAAAUAAUGCUUUAUAAGCUCAGUAAGUUAUUUAACGCGACUACACCGCUCUGUUAAAGUAUAGUUGAAAUAUAUUUACGAUAAUGCGGUAGGAAUUAUGCGAGCCUGUCACGCGUGUGAUUUGGUAAACGUAGUCCACUCAUAUAGUGAUACAGAUUUAAUAUCUGCUUAAUUAUUAAGAUAGUUAAUUUAUAUACUACAGAACAUUUUCUUGUCAUUAAUGAAUCGGCAAAUUAAAAAAUAAUUACAAUCAACUGAUCACAUGACAAAAAUAUGUAAGAAAAUAUAUAUAUAUAUAUAUAUAAAUAUUGUGCGUAUAUACAAUUUUGAUCGAUUCUUUGGCAAAUAUUUCGAUAACGACACUUUGAGAGAUAUAUACUGUGAAAUUAAUGACAAUAAAUGUAUCAUGUAGCAUCUAAUGUGACUUGAACACACGAUUAAAUUUCCUAGACAUCUCGCGGUUUCUCAAACUUAACAAACAGUUGUAAAGCUACGUAAAGUAAACAAUGUAGAAUGUAAUGCCUGC